AUGUUACUCCUACGUAAUAUUGUUGUAUUAGAUUUGAAAAGGAGUAAUUUUCUAUAUAUAAAAAAUAUUCCAAAUGUAAACAAAUUAUUAAAUAGCAAAAGAUACUUUAGUGUACUAAAUACAGAAAGGCUAGAUAGACUGAAAAGAGAAAUUCGUUAUAAGCCUAAUGAUAAUUUUUUAAUAUUACAAUUUUAUAAAGAAGCAAAUUUACAUAAUCCUAAUGAAGUUAUAAAACAUUAUGAAAACAGUAGUUACGCUAAAAAUGAAAGUACAACAAAAGAAUAUAUAAAAGCAUUAGUUUAUACUAAUAAACUAAAAUAUACCAAUCUGAAUAACAUAAAAUAUGAUAGUGAAUCUAAUUUUUAUAGAAGAUCUAUGGAGGAUGGAACUAAUAACAUAAGCGGGAUAAACAAUGAACGCUCAAAUAUAUAUGAAACACAUAAUAUAAAUAUAGACCCUAAUUAUAGUAAUAUGUCUCAUUCAGGGCAUACAAAUAAUUAUAAUGAUAAAAAAAAUGGUAUUCAUUCCGAAGUGUUUAGUUUACAAAUCGACCCCAAAAUACCUUUGAAGGUAUCCUUAAUAAAUGCAAAUAAAAAAGGCUUAUGGGGGGUACUUAAAUCGACUAUUGGGUUUUUAAUUUUAGUUGCAGCAGCAAGCGUAUAUUUAGAAGGGGUAUCACAAAAUGUUCAAAAGGGUAUAGGUGUGUCAAAUAAAAAAGUCGUUCCAGUAGAGAAUGUAAAGGUAACUUUAGCAGAUGUAAAAGGAUGUGAUGAAGUAAAACAAGAACUUCAAGAAAUAAUCGAUUAUUUAAAAAAUUCAGAUAAAUUUACUAAAAUAGGUGCAAAAUUGCCCAAAGGUAUAUUAUUAUCAGGAGAACCUGGAACAGGAAAAACAUUAAUUGCUAGGGCUAUUGCAGGGGAAGCAAAUGUGCCUUUUAUCCAAGCAUCUGGUUCAGAAUUUGAAGAAAUGUUUGUUGGUGUAGGUGCAAGAAGAAUAAGAGAGCUUUUUCAAACCGCAAAAAAACAUGCACCUUGCAUUGUUUUUAUUGAUGAAAUAGAUGCAGUAGGUUCUAAAAGAAGUAAUAGAGAUAAUAGCGCAGUUAGAAUGACACUUAAUCAAUUAUUAGUUGAAUUAGAUGGUUUUGAACAAAAUGAAGGAAUUGUCGUAAUAUGUGCUACCAACUUUCCACAAAGUUUAGAUAAAGCACUAGUUAGACCUGGUAGAUUAGAUAAAACUAUUGUAGUACCAUUGCCUGAUAUUAAUGGUAGAUAUGAAAUUUUAAGAAUGUAUAGUAAUAAAAUCCUCUUAUCAAGAGAUGUCGAUUUAAAUGUUUUAGCUAGAAGAACUGUUGGUAUGACAGGUGCAGAUUUAAAAAACAUAUUAAAUAUAGCAGCUAUUAAAUGCUCAGUAGAAGGGAAAAAAUCAGUUGAUAUGAAUUCUAUUGAACAAGCUUUUGAUAGAGUUGUUGUUGGAUUACAAAGAAAAUCACCAUUAAGUGACGAAGAAAAAAACAUAACAGCAUAUCAUGAAGGAGGACAUACAUUAGUUAAUUUUUAUACAGAAGGUUCAGACCCUGUUCAUAAAGCUACUAUUAUGCCAAGAGGUAUGUCUUUAGGUGUUACUUGGAAAAUACCAGUUACCGAUAAAUAUAGUCAAAAAAUUAAAGACAUUCAAAGUGAAAUUGAUGUGUUAAUGGGGGGUAUGGUAUCAGAAGAAAUUAUUUUUGGAAAAAAUAAUGUAACAACAGGAUGCUCAAGUGAUUUACAAAGAGCUACACAUAUUGCUCAAUCACUUGUGAUGAAUUAUGGAGUCGGUAUAAACGAAGAAAAUAUAUCUAUGUUUUUACAAGAUAAAAAAAAUAUUAGUGAAGAUAUGAAAAUUAAAAUAGAUAAAUCUAUUCAAAGAAUAUUGUUAGAUUCGUAUAAUAGAGCAAAAAAAGUUUUAAGUCAACAUACUGAUGAGUUACAUAGAGUUGCUUCUGCAUUAGUCGAAUUCGAAACCUUAUCAAAUGAAGAAAUUAAAUUGGCUAUGCAAGGAAAAAAUGAUCAAAUACGAAAAAAUAGAGAAUUAAAACAAAAGGAAUAUAAUUUGAAGGACAACAGAGUUUCAUAA